CCGAUCCACACCCUCAUAGUGAUUUUCUUGCGCCAAAUACUAACACAAAUUUCCCCAGGCCCCACCGAACCCGUUCCCGAGACCACUCUCCAGCUUCAAAUGUAACUAUUUACAGCACGAUAAGCAUGGGCAAUGAUCGUAACUCUGCUAUACUGGUCCAGAACAGUGAACAUGCUACGAGAUCGUUAGGGAAUCACCAAUCAAAUCCAUCUCCCCCUCUCCUUCCAGCAGGUCCGGAGAUGUUUACCAAUGCCGACUCGCCAAAAUCGCCAUCUAAUAUUAGGCCGCAAACAAACAAAACAUUAGCAUCCCGGACCCGAGGCUGUGAUAACCAUCAAGCGUCGCUCAUCAUUCCUCCUACGCCUGUCCCUAACAACCCAGCACUUCGUCAAAAGAUUGCGCCGUUGGGUGAGCAAACCUUUAAAGAUGAAGAGGAGAUCCGAAAAAUGGAGAAAGUUACGCCUCAGUCAACCGGCAUGGACAACAUCAAGAAUCGAAUGAACGAGUUGCCGAAAGAAGCAGCUGCUAAGGUCGAACGAAGAGACUCGAGGGAGAGAAUCCGAACUGCAAGACGUGAGAGGGCUCAGAGAGGGAGAAACAAAGCUUAUCUUGAACGAGCUGCGAAAAGGAAUGUCGAAAGUCCAAAGAAAGAAGAGAACACAGCCUGUCUUGAACGGGUCCCGGUAAGGAUCGUCGAAAAUCCAAAGACAGUUCUCGAAGGUGGCCCCAAUGGCGGGAUGGAUUUGAUUAAGAAGAGGUUUGCUAGUUUAUGCAUUGAGACUUCUGAAUACACGAUUAGUGAGCUUUCGGAGUCAGAAUCGGGCGAGGUGCAGCAGUCUAGUGACCAACAUAGUCAGCCCAGUAUCUCGAGAAAUGGUUGUGGGACCAGAGGGGAAGAGAAGAAGGCAACAUUGGAACCAGAGGAUGAGGUUGAUGAGCUAUUGAGGGAAUGGACAACUGUUCGUGGAUCGUUUAAUUAGAAAGAAGUGUAUGAAGGAAUUAUUUUACCGCAUAUUCUAUAGUUCGAUAUGGCCAUGGCACGCUAUCACCGAGUGUAAGAGACUCUUUCUUCGCUCUCCCUUCACCUCCAAGAAAGCCAUGACAUUAAACGUGAAUUUCCGAAAGCCGUAAUCCUAUCCUGAUUCCUAAUAAGGGUAAUGGUACAGCGCAUGCGCACCUUUGAUAUUCACUCAACCAAGAGGCCACAACAUAUACAUUGCAUUGAUU